AUGGCUGUAGGCAGUGGACGAUUAGUACAUGAGAGCAUAUCGGAAUAUGACGUGCUAACGUCGUCGCCAUCCAAAGCCGUUUUAAACUUUGUCCAUGGAGAGCACGAUGCGGCGUCUAGCUCCGUGUCGCCUCUAUCCAUGUCGCUGUCGCUGUCGGGCACUUUCAGCUGCGACAGUUCGCGUUUCAGCUGCGACGGCGCGCCUGACGACACGGGCUGGGAGAGCCCCUCGGAUUGCGGCGCUGACGCGGUCUUCGGCGCGCAAUACGGGGACCGCCCCGCCAGCCGUAGGCGGAGCUUCGCAGGCGCGGGCACGAACCUCUCGAUCGGACGGCUGUCGGAUGGGCAUUUGAGCCUAGAGCGUGCGUGCAAGUCGGCGACGGUGCCGCGCGUCAGCAGCCGCCUGCUGGCCCCCACGCAGUCAUCGCAGGCCAAGUCGCGCUCUCACGCCCAUCGGCGCGCAGGGGCGGACGACGGGGCGGUGGGGCGCGAACCGUUCAGCACCUUGUCGCAGCCGCGGAGGACCAAGACUGUCACGGCAGCAGCAGGAACGGCCCGCGGAACGGCGGCAGCAGCAAACUCAAACGAGCGUGUGCAUGCGCUGAUCUGUAGCCCACCUCGCGGAAAGAUUUCAGUGGAAAAAUCGGCACAGAACGUGGCAAAAGGCGGGCAGCGCGGGCAGGGGCGGCGACUGUCUGACGCGAGUGAGAAUCUGGCGCUCAAGCUGGCCAAGCACCGACAGGGGCUGGGGGUGGUGGGCGCCGGAGAUCCCAAGUCGGGUGCUGGUGGCGCCGCUGCCGCCCCACAGGUGCCACGUGGCGGGAGGGUGGGAUCUCGAGCGGGGGCUGCGGCUCCGCCCGGGUCCCGCAAUGCGCUGGCAGCGGACAGGAAGCCUCUGGUCGCGGGAUCUGCGGGGAACGUUGCGCAGAGCCGCGUUGUGGGGGGGGAAGUGAAGCCCCGACAGCGCCUGGCGGACGGGAAAGGCACGCCUGGUGGUAGCGGCGGACGAAUCCCCGCGCAUGGCGCACCGGACGGGGGAACGGGGCUGCGGGGACACAGUGCGGGGGGAUUAGGGAUCGGUAAGGGGAAGAACGAGAAGCUGGUAGUGGGGACUGUCGGAGUGGGAAACGGGGGGAGGGGCGUGAGCGCGGAGCAGAGGACGAAGGAGCGUAAUGAAGGGCGAGAGGCAGCCCGUCACACAGAGCCGUCCGGGACGAGGGCCUGUGGACGGCGGGUAGCUGCGCAAGGCGCGGGAAGCAGCUGUGGUGCGAAAGGCACGCAAGAGCGCGGUCAAAGUAAGGAGAUCCACUCUGCACCCCAUACGGCAUCGCUGACUGCCCCCCACGCGCAGCAUGCUCCUUCGUCCCAGCACCCGCCUCCUCCCCAUGAUCAACCGCCUUUGAUCACGCAACUAGCUGGUAACCAGCUCAUCAGCCAAACCACCCACGCGCCCUCCACCACCUUCACGCUCCCGCCCAGCCUCCUUCCCCUCCCGCUCACCUUCCCCUCCCCCUCCCCAUCCUCCGCGGGGUCCGCGGACGACGCGGACAUGCCGUGGGCGGAGCUGAUAGGCGACGUGCGCGGCAUGGAGCAGGACGUGCAGUAUGUGCGCCACGCCAUGCUCGCCGCUGGCUUCCUCUCCGACGCCCUCCCGCCGCUCUUCUCCCCGUACCUCCCCAUCAACCCCGCCUUCUUCCACCACCUCGAAGCCGCCUUCCUCAUGCGCUGCUGCGCGCACGCCCCCCACGACCCGGCUCUCCUCACCACCAGCCUGCCCUCCCUCCCUCUCGCCAUACCCGCGUCAUACCACGAGGAGCGCCGACAGCGCAUGCUGCUCUUCGACGCCGUCAACGAGGCCCUCGGCCGCCGCCUCGCGCCUUUCCUCCCGCGCGCGCCGUGGUCCCCCGCGCCCGUGCAAGUGGCGCCGCGCAGGCGGCCUUUGGGCAUGGAGCUGGUGCAAGAGGUGUGGUCGGAGAUUCACUCGUGGCCCGUGGCAUCGACUGAUGAGGUGUACACUGUGCUGGAUGAGUCAGCGAGGCGUGACCUGUGGAGGGGCACGGAGAGGUGGCGUGCACAGGAUGUGGCGGAGGAGGAGCCGGGUGUUGUGUUUGAUGUGGAAGGGAUGCUGCUGGAGGAGCUGCUAGAGGAGGUGUGUCUGGAGUUUGUGGAGGUGGAGCAAAGGCGGGCGAGUAAGAGGAUGUCAGUGCACGGGGUGGUGAAGGCACAUAUUGCAUCGUCGGGAUUCGUAUGUGCGACUCAUGUGAAGGGAUCUGGAAGGGAUGGAGUGGUGGCACUACUUGGUCCUGCUUGUCCAGCUGCUGUGGAGUUCAACGGUCACACGAAGCGGACGCGCACAGUGGAGAGGGACCUCAACCCCGUGUGGGACGAGAAGUUCGUGUUUUCAGUCCCCCUGCCGUCGCCCCUCAAUCCCGCACUGGCCGAUCACCAAGAGCCGGUCCACGUCACCAUCUACACCCCCUCCUCUGCCACCGCCCCUCUCGUUGCGGCCGGCAGUAUCUCUGCCAGCCUUCGCCGCCCGGCGGUGGGCUUCGGCAGUGGGGGGGCGGCUGCAGAUGCGGAGAGAAGCGUGUUUCUGGGAAAGGUGCAGGACGUGCCAGCCUCAUCCAUCGACCCUGACUGCCUGGACGAGUUCGACCAAUGCGAGGCCGACAGGUGGCACCUCCCGCCGUCCGCGUCCACGUCAUCCUUUUCGGAUGAUGAGAAUCUGCCCACAGCCCUGUCCCACCAACUCUCCAGACACAGCAGCCGCAAUGCUGCCUCGCAUUCCUCCACUCCUCCCACCUCUCUCCCCACUCCCACCGCUCCCUCCGCUCCCCCCGCUCUCCCCACCCUCCCCACUCUCCCCACGUUCCCCUCUCUCUAUUCCUCCUCCCCCCUCUACACCAUCGUUUCUUCUGACGAGUCUUCUCUCGCGCCUGUUUCACCCUCCUCCACCGCUCUGUCCCCGCUGCCCCCCCCUGCCUUUGCUCCCCGCAAAGCUCUCCCCCCUGCCACUUUCGCCAUGGUGACGGUGGGCAAGGUCACAGCACGCACUCGCACCGUGCCAGAUGACGUCAACCCUAAGUGGAACCAGGUCUUUGCCAUCGGCCAGUCCCCCACUACCUUUUCCCUCGCAAAUCCCUCCUCCGAGCUCCAGAUUGUUCUCAAGAACGAGAACCGCCUGAUGCGGGACUCCUUCCUGGGAGCCAUCUCGCUGCCUAUCGCCUCUCUCCCCCACCGUGUCCCCCCGGCGCUCCCCGUUGACCCGUGCUGGAUUCGCCUCGACAAGAAAGCUGCCAGCGCCCCUGCCAGUGCUGCUCGCAGCACCGUCAAAGGCGAGCUGCAGCUGGCGGCGUGGAUAGGAGUGAGGGCGGACGAGCAGUUUGCAGAGGCGUGGCAGUCAGACGUGAAGGGAGUGGCGCACCACCGCUCGCGCACGUACCCCUCUCCACGCCUCUGGUACCUGCGCGUACACCCCUGCAAGAUGGAGCACCUCCCUGUAGCACGUGUUGCACCCAACCUUGUGAGUUCUGCAGCAUCUCAAAAGCCACUCCUCUGGAAAGCCCCCGGUAUCCCCCUCCUCGCCUCUGUUACCUGUGCUCUCUUUGUGCUCACAUCUCAUGUGGUGGUCACUUCCUGGUCCGUGUCCAAUGUCCGCCCAAUCCCGUUUUCUCGCAACCCCUCCCACCAAUCAGGUGGUGCGGCUACGCGUGCCCGGCGGCAUGCAGGUGGCCUGAGGCAGCGUUUAGGGCAGCGGUUGCAGAACAGGCAGGUCAGUGUGAGCAACGCCAUGGGCAACGUGAGCAACGCGAUGGGCCGCAUGCGGAGCAUUGGGGGGAGCUUGCGCAGCAUAGGGGAAAGCAUGCGCAUGGCCCCUGUCUUCCCCCUCCGCGGGGCCGCAGCAGAUGGCUCGAAAGCAGGCACAGGGCCGGGCACAGGGCAGGGCACAGAGCACGGGGCAGUGCAGGGGACAGGGGAGAGGAUAGGCGCAGUGGGCAGUGCAGGAGGGGAGGAGGGGCCGGGGGAGGGCGUGUGGGUGUGGGGCGAGGAGGAUGAGCAGGUGCUGGUGGUGUCGGAGCCUCUCAAUGGGUACCUGCACGUGCAGAUCGUGAACGUCAUCUCGCCCUCCUGGGAGGAGGUGGUAGCAUCAGCCAACGUGCUCAUCUCCUCCAUCCCCACUCGCAUCACCCUUGACCCCCUCAAGCCCAUCUCAAUCGCUCUCCAAACCACCGCAUCUGCCGCCGCUGCAGCCAUCACCAUUGCGAACCGCAACCCCUCUGCCGACUCCCUAGAAUCCCCCUCAAAACCAUCCCCAGCCCCCACUCUCGCCUCCUCCCACUCCACCUCCUUCCUUUCCCUCUCCUCCACCCCCUCCUCCUCCUCCCUCGCCUCCACCCCUCUCCUCUCCCUCCUCCUCGCCCUGGAAGGAGGCCACCACGUCUUCACCCAGCACCCCCGCUUCCUCUCCUCUCCGCUCCCCGCCGCCCGCUCCCUCUACCCGCCGCCCAUCGCACGCCUCGAGAUCGGAAUCAUAUCGGCAAAGAAUCUGCAGCGGCCCGUGCCGAGCUCGCUGGGAAGUGUGGGGAUGGAUGUGUAUGUGGUGGUGCGGUACGGCGGCAUGUGGGCUCGCACACGCACUGUGUGCGGAGAAGUCAACCCUGUGUGGCGCGAGCAGUUCAACUGGCCUGUCUAUGAUCUCUGCACUGUUGUAACCAUCGGUGUGUUUGAAAACAAGCACAACAGGGGCAUGACAACCUCAACAGACACCCCUCUCGGCUGCAUUCGCAUGCGCCUGAGCGCCAUAGACUCAACACGCGCCCUCUCCUCGCACCAGCCGCUACUGUGCCUCACCAAGAAGGGCGUGAAGCAGCUAGGCCACCUGCACCUCGCGCUGCGCCUCUCCCCUUCCAUCUCCCUCUCCCGCCUCGCCUCCACCUACAUCCGCCCCACGCUUCCCCCUGCACACUACCACUUCCCCAUCCCCGAAUCCCAAGAACCUGUUCUCUUACAAGAAGCAGUGGGGCUGCUGUGCAAGCACCUGGGCGCAUUCGACCCGCCGCUGCGAGCCGAGGUGGUGCAGUACAUGGGGGAGUGCGAUGAAGACGUGCUGUCCGUGCGGCGGCUUAAAGCCAACCUGCAGCGGAUCAAGAUGCUGCGGGCGCGCUUCUCUGCCAUGGCUGCUGGGUUCAAGGCCGUGCAAUCAUGGAAGAACCUUCCUCUCACACUCGCCGUGCACCUGGCGUACGCCCUUGCAGUGUUGUACCCGUCCUUCAUCCUCCCCACGCUCUUCUUUCUCCUCGCCUGGCAGCUUCUCGCCUCCUCCCCCACUCGCCCCCUCGGCCCGCCUCUGAUGGAUCUGAAGCUUUCGCAGGGGGAGGCUAGGGAAGAGGGGGUGGAGAAGGGAGGGGAGGAGGGGGAUGAUGGGGAUGAGGAGGACGAAGAGCAGGAGAAAGGUGGUUCGGGUCCAGUGGCGUACUACAAGGCCCUGAGGGCCAAGUACGACAAGCUCAUGGACGGUGCAGGGAGGGUGCAACGGGGCCUUGGGGUCAUUGCUGACUCAGCUGAGAAGAUAGAGAUGCUGCUGACGUGGCGAGACCCAAGUGUGCACGGGGCUCAUGCUGUUGCUGCUGCUGCUGCCCUUCCGCCCUGUGGCGCUAGCAGCGGGCUUCUGGGCGCUCAGGCACCCGCGCCUGCGCCGCAUCACUCCCACCAAGGUCAAAUGCUUCCUCGCUCGCCUGCCCACCCGUGCCGACACCAUCUACUGACAACUUCUGAUGCACCUCAAAAGCAUGUGAGCAAGGGCGGAAUUUGGGCGUGCGUGCCAUUGAACUGCUGCAGCUGCUGCUGUUGGUACGUGUGUGAAAGGGAGUUGGUGUGCUUUGAGUUGAGUGCAAUGUGA